UUGACCGUUGGGCUCAUCGUUUCUUUAGUGGCCGAGGAGACCGAAUCCAUCCCAAAGAAGCAAUUACUAACCAGGAUCAUGAGCACCGGAUUCAUUCAAGAGUGACGGAGCGAGACAUACUGAAAGAUGCAGUCUUAGAGGAUUUGCGUUGUGAGGAGCCCGUGGGAACAGUAAUUCCGCCUCACCCGCAUCCCACUGUAUUUCUGACGGUCAAUGCUUAUGCCAGGGUCACUUGGACCGCUUCCGUAUGCCUCUCGCAACCUCAUCAUGAAUUGGAUUCGUCCAGAACGAUCACAAGAGACUGAUUGGGUGGGACUGUUCGACGUUGACAUUUCGCACGAACCGAAGCUUCAUCGUUCAGGACGAGGCUCUUCGCGUGGUUCGACUGAACGAGACAGAAUCAAGCAACGUAAAGACAGAUAUACCGUUCAAAUUUCGGAUUAUAGACGAAAUUGAUGCCUGCUUAGGCUUUUGGAUUGCAUACAUUCGAAACGAUAGUAUCAUAUCUUUAAACUGCAUCAAAACCAGACCGCAUUGGAUGAAGAAAAUGAGAGAUUACAUAGGAUUCCUGCCAAUAACUCAGGCCAUGCUCCCUGGGACUCAUAACUCCGUUUUACAGACGCAGUUUCAAGGCUUCUUUGCCAGUUUAAUCACCAAACGGUGGACUUACACUCAGGAAGAACCUAUUUGGAACCAAUUGGUCCUAGGAAUUAGGUUUUUGGACGUGGAAAUCAAUACAAAUAUGGAGGGCGUGGCUGGCAUUUUAGAGGCAUUUGAUUUGAAUCCAGAUAAAAGAGUUAGAAAUGUCCAACUCAACGGCCCACUUGGCGAACUGAUCAGGGCCCUGGACAAGUUUCUAAGUAUCAGUCAAGAUGUCGUGGUCGUCAAGUUUGUUUUUCGGCGUCAGCCCGAGAACCGACGUCACCAGCACAUCAGAAACUUGAUCAUGAGACAUUUUGAGCCAAAGAUGGUGUUAUAUGAUCCAAGAGAGGCCUUUAAACUGACCUUGAAUGACUGCUGGGACCGGGGAAAGCAACUGAUUGUCGCUCUGGAAGAAUUCUCAAGUUGGACCGGACAAACAAUCUCGAGAUUGCCACCAGCUGGGGUUGAACAGAAACUCGUUUCCAAAUCUACUGGGUCUCCCGAUUAUCCGAAGAACUUCUUCUGGCCUCCCAUUCAAAUGACAUGGAACCAAUCAGUGGCUGAAAUUAGAGCUUUAAACGAUUUCCUCGACGAUUUCUACCAUGCUCAUCCUUCCCCAACCGAGCAUUUGGCUUACUUCAACGGCUUAGUGGCAACCCUGGGCUAUUCGUCCUUGAGUAUCUGGUCAGAUGCAAUGGAUCUAGACACUAAUGGAAUCCGGAUCUUGGCCGACAAAAUCGAUCGAAGUCUUGACGUUUGGUUUCACGACAAAUAUUGGAGAUCUGCCACGAUCGUCGCCACAGAUUACUUUCUUUCCAAUGAUUUGGUUGACGUGUCCAUAGAUACCAACUUAAAACGUGCAAUUUGUAUGAAAACCAACCACUGAUGUGACAGUACACCUAUUUCUGCUUUGGCCCAAGAGAUCCUCGCCUAAAGAG